GGAUAAACUCAGUUUCCUGUCUCACAUAAGGGGCCAAAGCCUGGGGUGAAGCUGUACGUCGGCAGCCCCAGCCCUAGAAAAGGAACGUACUCUCCAUGCACAUCUCUCUGGAGCAACCUGAAGACAGGAUCUUGGCCUCAGGACAGCCAUGGCCACAGGAGAGCACACCCCUGAUGACCCUCUGCUCAGAGGCAAAAGGAGGCAAGACCUCCAAGAGAUGCUGAGAGAAGUGGGCCUGGAUGUUGAGUACUGGUUACCCAAGCUGCAGGAACACCUGGGUGUGACCUGUGCCCAGGCCUUACAACACCUAGACAAAAACAACCUCAAGAAGCUGAAAUCCCAGACACAACAUCCAUGGGAGAAAAGAGCCCUGGAGAAGCUGCUUAAUCUGUCACACUCAAAAAGUCUUUCAGUGUUACAGGAGUCUCAGGUGGAGAGGGCAAAGAGAAAGCAGAAGCAGGCAGAACAGGCACUGCAGGAGCUGAGGGACUUGCUGACAGAAGGGAAGCAGAGACAGGAAGAGGCAGUGAGGACAAGAGAAGCAGAGCUGAGGCAAGCAAUGGACAUCCCUGAAGAGUACUGGCCAUCCCCUGAAGAGCCUCUAAGAGAAGUCAUGGAAAACCUGCAGAGACAACUCAACCUCAUGGAGUGGACACUGUGCCACAGGCAAAACCUUCCAGAUAGAGAUGUGGUGAGAUGGGCAUCUGGAGGGCUGGCCCUCCAGGGUAUUUACAAAGCCAGCCACCAAAGGGGCCUGACAGAGAAGAGAGAGGAGUUGCUCAGUGUCCCCAAAGAGUUCUUACUUUUGGGUCCUCAGCAAGGAACACAAAUGAAAACAAAGGAAUUCACAUCUCCUCAGGCUGAAUUCAUGUUUACCCAGAUGGUAGAGAAGCUGGGCUUUAGUUUAACUACUUCAGCCAAGGACGGAAAUUGGGGGUUUAGUCUAGAAGCUGGUUUGGAUCACAGCAAACAUCCAGAAUCCAAGGAAACCCAACAAUCAAGUUCUGAGAAUUCUUAUUUCUGCUCAACCAAGUUCAGCUAUAUCCCCCUGGCCUCCUGCCAUUUUCCCAUUGAUCAGCUCCAGUUAUCCAAGCCUGCUGUCCAGGAAUUGAAAUGCAUUGAAGACCUUCUGAGUCAGACAACAAACCCAGACAGAUUCUCUUUGCUGAGGCACAGGAUCAUAAACUUCUUCCACAGGUUUGGCUCUCAUGUUAACCAAGGCCCUCUGCACCUGGGAGGAAUCUACUGGUGGAAAGCCAUUUCAGAGGGUUAUUGCACGGAGCAGUUGGCAGAAGUGAGGCAGCAGUCUGCAGAGGCCCUGGACAUUUUCAUAAGGGACAGCUACAGUGGCUUUGGAGUGAAAGUUGCUGCAGGUGUGAAUGUUUCAGACUCUCAUUCGAAGACAGCCACUCAGACCAAAACUUCCCAAAACCUCCAAACCAAGGUCCAAUUAUCUGUGGCCCAAACAGGUGGCCCACCAGAAGCAGAUGGCCUUGUCCAGUGGAAAGCUGGCCUCAUUGCCAGCAAUCAAACCUGGUGUGUCAUUGACCGCGGGCUUCAGUUGGUGCCAGUUUGGGACAUUAUCCUCUCUAGCCACAGAAGCAAUUUUAAGAAUCCUCUUCAGGUGGCUAACUUCCUGAAAGACAGCUACACUGCUCUGACUAGCAUCACUGCCCAGAUCCAGAAUGGGGAAGAGUUACUGAGUGCUGGGAAGGAGGCCAGGGUUUUUCUAGAGGAUGUAAAAUCUUGGGAGGUAUCUGAUCCUGAAGAGCAACUUAAAAAACUGAUAAAUUUCAUGAAAAUGUUGAGUCAAAAACUAAAAAGUUAUGACACUUGGAUUAAUAUAUGUCUCACAGAUUGGAGUCUGCAGAAUUUUCUAGUAAACACCAUCAACUUUUGCAAAAAGUCUUCCAUUUAUAAAACUAAAUGUAUUAAAUCUCAUUUGCGCAGCCUUCUGGAUCCUCACAUCUACAGAGUGACAAACUUUCCUCAGGCUCACUUCAUCAUGCAGUGGAUCUUCCAGUCAGAUUCAGAGCAGGAGCAGGUGAAUAUUUCCCAAUUUUCUCAAUUAAUUGAGAUCUUAAAAGAAACCCAGAAUAACCUCAUGGAAGUAAAGGUCAAAUCUGAGUCCCCAGAAACAGUGGAGGAAGCUCAAAGAAAGUCCACUUAUGAGGUCAGCUUGGCUCUCAGCUGCUUCUUGAAUUAUCUCCAAAAAACAGAGCAGACAGACACACAACUCUUGCUACUUUCCAUUGCAGCUGCUGCAGGAUAUCAUGUGAUCAACAAUACUUUUCAGAGUCUCUUGGGGUGUGAUGAGUUAAGCUUCCUACUGGAUGAAAUGCAAACCGCCCAAAAUAAAUACCAGGAGCUUAAGAAUAUUUGCAGCUAUAGGGCUCAGGCAUUCCUGGUUCUCACAGGUCUGACAGCCACAGUUGGAGACACAGCUAUUUCUUCAGAAGAGAAAACACAACGCAUGUCAUUAAUGAGACAUCACAUGGGACAAUCAUUGUCCAAAGAAGUUGCACAUGUCCUCACCAAACCUGGAGCAGAUCACGAUUGGGAAAACCUAGAGAAAGACUUGAGAUUGCUCAUUAAUGGGGAUUAUGAAGAAGUCACCAUCUCUUCUUUGCAAAUGGAAGAGGUGAGCAAGCAAAGUCUCUUCUAUGGAAAGAAACAGCCCCAUGAACCACAUGACAAUGAAAAUAACAAAUGGGAGAUGAUAAAAAAUGGAGCCUUCCUAGACUUACUCCAGCGUCUAGGUCUAGAACAUUACUACCCAAAAAAAUUGAGCAAAGCUAAUUUCCAUCUCAUCUAUAAGACUUCUGUGUAUAACACCCAGCCCAGCUCUGAACAGGAGCUUCCCUUCUAUUUCCUGCAGAAACUACUGAUGAUGGAUUAUGAGCUGAGAUACCUAGUCUUCAAAGAUGAUAGAAACACAGAACACCAAGUACAUCCAAAUGCUUCAGAUCAGGAAGAUGAGGCUUUUGAUCCAUAUGAAAACUUUUUUGAAGACAGUGAUAGUCCCACUAAAUCUUCAUCCACUAAGCCUAGACCCCACAUUCACCCAAUGGAUAUUCAGAUGACAAUUUUUCACUGUGCAGAUAAUUUUGCCAGACAAUAUAUUUUGGCCAAACUUUCCACUUGUCAGUUUGCCCUCCCCCUUUUGGUGCCUAAUCCCUGUACUUCUCAGAUUGAAUUCUCUCUCUGGUCUCUCCGUCAAAUUACAAGAAGUUGGCAGGAAGCAAGGAAAUCACCAAAAGGGAAGAACUAUUAUAAGAAUCAGCAGAUGUGCUGUGUCUCUACCUCAAUUGUGUCCUUCGUAAGAGUUGGAAAUGGCCUCUCUGCUUCUAAAUCUCAGAUUAUGAACUGUCUUCUCAGUAAACAGAAACAUGAUGUGUUUUUUCACCGACACUGCACAGGAAGCAGGAAAGAUUGCCUCUUGAUGGGGGGCGUGGUAGAAAUCUAUUGGUUCUGUCCAGGAGGGGAAGAUGAGGACAGAUUUGACAACUGUGUGACCUUCACCAAUCUUCAUGGAGAUGCAAAAGAACAUGAGCAGCAGCUCAGCUUCCUGAAGGAGGUGUCUACUGUCAUUGUGGUCCUCAUGUCAGCCUCCGAUGACAAUGAAGGAAACCGAAAAAUUGUCCGUAACUUGUGGCAGUCAUCAAGGCCAUUGAUCUGCUUGCUCGAUGACAAAGAAGCAACCAUGACCAAUAUUUCUGGCCAAAGAAUGAGAAUGGGUAUCAAGAAUAGAAAUGAGGCAGAAUUAACAGAGGAACUCACAACUACAAUCAGAUACUUGCUAGAACUCUCAGAUACUGCUCUCAGCUUGGAGGACUGUUCCCAGAUUGCUCACCAGCAAGGAUUUCUUAUUGAUGAAGACCAGAGAGACUGCAAGGAAGCCAAAGAAAAGGCACAGGCUCUAAUGGCCUUCCUGGGGAAAAUGAAAUUAUCUCAGAUUAAGGAAAAAUUACUACCCCUUCAGGGACAACUGUGGCACCACUGGUGUAAGAAGGACAAAGAACUCUAUCAUCUUAGAGAAAAGGGAAAUCAGAGCAUUGAACAACACAAGAGUGAGAUUGAGACAGAUAAACAAAUAAUACGGCAUGAACAGUUGGCCAGAGCCCUUCCUCUCAAUGAUUUAAUGCAAUCUGUCCUUCAGUUUCUCCAAGAGCAUUCAGAAAUUCACACCAAACUGUACUUCUUGCAGUGGCUGAGUGUAUUUUUGGACAAACUGACUGCAGGACACUUGGAAGACCUGCAUGAGAAGCAAAAAUAUUGGUGGUCACUGGUUCAAACAGUAAAGCAAAAGGCACCUAAUAGUAACUCCCUGAUAUGCCUACAAAGUGAGAUAGAAGCCAUUUCCACAGAGAUUAGUGACUGUACUUUGGGAAUUGAGCAACUUCUCAGAGAAGUUGGUCAGAUUUAUGAAGCUCUGGAAGAAGCUUCCUCCAUAAAAAAGAUUUUUUUCUCACUUCCCCAAAUUGCCGCAGACCUGAUGAUAUCUGGUGUUCCCACUGAGCUGAUGGAUGGGGAUGCAGCAUAUGUGCCUCUAACAUGGGUGGCAGCUGUUUUUGACAAGGUCUCUGAGAAACUUGGAGACAAACGGCUAUUUGUUCUUUCUAUCCUUGGCUUGCAGAGCUCAGGGAAAUCCACCCUGCUGAAUGCCCUUUUUGGGCUUCAGUUCACUGUUAGUGCAGGCAGAUGUACCCAAGGGGCCUAUAUGCAGCUCCUCAAGGUGGAGGAGACAUUCACGGAGGAACUUGGCUUUGACUUUGUGCUUGCUGUGGACACAGAAGGACUUCGGGCACCAGAACACAGCAACAAAUCCAAGGAUAGGGACAACGAGUUGGCAACUUUUGUCAUUGGACUUGCAAACUUGACUCUGAUCAAUAUUUUUGGGGAGAAUCCAUCAGAGAUGCAAGAUAUCCUACAAAUAGUUGUCCAAGCCUUUCUGAGAAUGAAACAAGUAAAAAUCUUUCCAAGUUGCCUCUUUGUCCAUCAGAAUGUGGGGGAAGCUACAGCUACGGACCAAACUAUGGAUGGACGAAGACGGCUAGAGCAGAAACUAGAUGAAAUGGCAGCAAUAGCUGCUGAACAAGAACAGUGCUUAGAUGUAACCUGCUUCAGUGAUGUCAUUAGGUUUGAUGUCAAUACUCACGUCUACUACUUUGCUCACCUCUGGGAUGGCAACCCCCCAAUGGCCCCUCCCAAUCCUCGCUACAGCCACAAUGUACAGCAACUGAAAAGUAGAAUUCUUAUGACUGCCACACAGGAAUCCAGGGGAAACAUCAUGAAGAUAUCAGAUGUAAAAUCCCGAGUUCAAGAUUUGUGGAGAGGCCUGAUGAAUGAGAACUUUAUUUUCAGUUUCAGGAACACCCAAGAAGUCAUGGCCAUGAACAAACUGGAAACCAUGUAUAACCACUGGACCUGGGAGCUGAGGAGUCACGUGCUGGGCUUGCAGAACCAGCUGAUCAACCAGAUUCAGAAUGGAAAAAUCCAGACACUUGAAGCAAGCACAUUUGAGGUUCUAGUUACAGAAAAAUAUGAAGUUGUCAAGCAAGAACUUGAAAAAUAUUUUAAUGAAGGCCCAUGUAGCAAAAUACUGAUUCAAUGGAAAGCAAACUUUGAAAAUAAGCUAAUAGUCCUUAAAGAAAAACUUAUUUCAGAUAGCAAAAGACAAGCCAAUGAGCUCAUUAGUUUUAAAAACCAAAGUCAAGAAAGGCUGAAUAAGAAAAAGACAGAUUAUGAAAAAGAAUUAUUGGAAAAAACCCGGAAGUUGACUUUAACUGUAAAGGGCAAAGAAUUGAGUGAGGAAGAGUUACACGAGAAAUUCAAUCAACUUUGGAAAAAGUGGGUGUGUGAUGUAUCCACAACUCUCCCGCAAGUUACAGAGCCUGACAUUGAUUUGGAUUCUGAAAACAUCCUUUGGGAGUAUUUCAAAAACAAGACGAAUGUCGUGGGUCUACUGACAAAUUCUGCAGAGAAGUUUCAAAUCAAUUAUGAUAAACAUAUCAAAGUGAAUAAGAAAUAUAACCAUAUCCCAAUGACAUUAACAGUCUUUGAGAAAGAGUUCAUUAAUAUGACUACUGACUACAUUGUUUCAAGAUUUAAUAAAAUUAUUAACAACAUGUGGAAGCAACAGUGUGGUUACAAUCCAAAUUAUUUCCAUGAGAUUCUAAAGACAAUAGAAGAAGAAGUGAAAUCUGCCUCUACUCAGAAAAGAUACACAUUUACAAAUACAUUUAUCAUUGACUUAUGUGUGUGUUUAUUUCAAAGAGCAAGAGAGAAUUUUAAGGAAAUGCACAGGGCAUUCAAGAGAGCAAAUGAUCCUGUAAACUACCUAGAAAGUAAGAAAGAUGAUUUCUUCACGAGUUUUAAGAUCUCCUGUCAAGGAGCAACCUCCAUCAAAACAUUUGUUGAUGUUCUGUGGUAUAAGCUCACUCCUGCAGUCUCCACUACUAUAUGGGAGGACAUGACCUUUAAAAUUGCGGGGGACAUGCGAGCUACCUGCCCUGCGUUCAAUGGAAACAGGACUAACCUGGAGAAACACAUUCUCUUCUCUCUGGCAGAAGAAGAAAACUUUGAUAAUUACUGGGAAUACCUUCAUAAUUCAAAAUCAUUUUUUAGGAGUUACAUCAAAAAUCACAUUAAAAGAUAUUGUUCAGACAAUGGAGGUGAAAAAAUGAAGACUUUUUUUGAAAAAAGCUUAAUUGAUAUCAAGAAUACCAUCCUCUCUGCCAUCCAUGAAUCCACAUCAGUAGCUAAAGAUAAAAGCAGCACUGCUUCUGAGUGGUUGGAUUUAUUCUGUGAUUGCCUGGGGUGCAACUUGAUCUUUCCACGAAGGGACUUGAUAAGCAUUGAACACCAGGAGAUAAAACAUACUGAAUUUCUUAAAGAAGCCAUGAGUGCAGCUUUGGAUCUCACAAUGAAGAAAAUAGAACAGAAUUAUUCAAGUAAGCCUAUAGAAGCCAUGGUUUCUAAAAUUGAGAAAAUGCUCUCUGAACAUCUCUGUGGCUGCUGGAAACAGUGUCCCAGCUGUGGAGCAAUUUGUACAAACACAAUUCCUACACAUGAAGGAGACCAUAGUGUUCCCUUCCACCGUCCUCAGGCUGUCAAUGGGGAGGAAUGGUAUGAAACAGAUGAUUUUGUCAUUGAUUGCUGUACUAGUUUGGUUGCAAGUGAUUGUUUGUUGGUUUUGAGGGAUGGCAGGAAUUUCCCAUUUAAGAACUAUCGACAAGCAGGAGGGGAUUAUGCCAUGUGGAGCAUCACCCCAGAUACCUCCAUCCAGCUAUACUGGAAAUGGUUUGUCUCUCACUUCAGAUCAAAUCUAGAAGAAAAAUAUCAGAAAAAAUUUGCAGGUAAAGGUAAAAUCCCCAAUGCAUGGGCCAAAAUCACAAAGCAAGACGUGCUUGAAGACUUGAAAAAACAGUAAUACUCAGUGACCACAAAAGAGCCCCAGUGUCUGAAGAAAAGAGGCAGUGUACCUGAACAAUCCAAAAACAACUACUCAUUACAAUUAGAACCUUCAUCAUUUCCAUGUUUAAAAUGAAAUGUGUAAAAAUCAAUCAAUUAACACAUUAAGAGAUGAAAAUUUCCAGUAAAAGGACUUCAUUUCUCUCUGCCUCAAUUCCUCUAGUUUAAAAACAACUUACUAAAAUCUGUUAAUAUAUGAUGAAAUCAAAUAACAUUCAUUUUAGAAACCUAUUUUGUAUUUUAAACUAUUAUUCUAGAUAUUGCUUUUUUAUUUUAAAAUAUUUAAGUAUCAGAGAAAGUCAUUUUAACAGAGAAAAAUCAAAAUCAUUUCAGGCUGCAACAAAUUUCUAUAGAAUAACUGUAUCAGUAUUUCAACCAAUAUACAUGUCUUGACUGAAAGCUAUAAACUGGCUCACUGCAACGUCCACCUCCCGGGUUCAAGUGAUUCUCCUGCCUCAGCCUCCUGAGUAGCUGGAACUACAGGCACACACCAUCACUCCUAAUUUUUUUUGUAUUCUUAGUAGAGACAGGGUUUCACUGUGUUGGCCAGGCUGGUCCUGACCUCAAGUGAUCCACCCAUCUCGGCCUCCCAAAGUGCUGGGAUUACAGGCAUGAGCCACUGAGCCCAGCCAGACUUUUCAAUGUUUAAGUGGAUUUUUUUCACCCUCUAAAGUUUUAAGGAAAAGUUAUUAAUCUUUACAUGUAAAAACAUUCAUGAGUCCCAACCAUAGCAAUAUUUAGGCAUAUUCUGUUCUAGGAAAGAAUAAAGCAGAGACUUGACCAAGAUAGGGAUGUCAUCAAUUCAGGAAACAUUAUCAAGCAAAUAUGGGAAGUAGAAAUCAAAUAACUGUUUUUCUCAGUAACUUUCACCCUGUUCUUCCCUGGUAUGUUGGCAAUUCCCUGCGCAUGCUAAGAAAAAAAAAAAACAGUCACAAAGCUUUGUUAUUCAAAGCUUGGUGUUAUGUACAAGUCUGAGAAUUGGCUUUUGGAAAAAAAUUUAUGAUGACCAAAUAAAAUGUACCAUUUUAAUGAA